AACCUCAGAACAUUCUGGGUCUUCUCUGGUCCAAGGGGGUCCAGUUCCCACCCAUCCUCCAGCAGGCCCCAUGUGGGUGCUAGCACUGCUUGGGGUUUUCCUGGCCGCUGCCAAGGCUUGUAUCUUUUGUCGCCUCCCGGCUCAUGCCUUGCCAAGCCGCCUGGCUCAGCUCAGUAGCCAGAUGGAGACGCCUGGGAAGGAAUGGGCUUCCCCGGAUUUCUCAGCCUUUGCCUUAGAUGAGGUGACCAUGAACAAAAUCACGGAGAAGACUCACAGAGUCCUGAGGGUCAUGGAGAUAAAAGGAUCCAUCUCCUCGCUUCCUACUUAUUGGCAAUGGCUUCAGAAGACCAAGAUCCCCCAGUACACCAGGGAAGCUCUCUGUGCUCCUGUCUGCUCGCUGCUCCUAUUGUCUCCUGCAGGGGGCAGCACCAUCCUGUACAACUGCUCCACCUGCGAGGGCAAGGAGGUGUCUUGUUGGCCCCGAAAGCGCUGCUUCCCAGGCAGUCACGAUCUGUGGGACGCUAAGAUUCUGCUCUUAUCGAUCUUCGAAAUUGUCCUGCUUUUGGGUGUUGUGAGCCUCCACGUGGAGUGAGUUGCGGGAUAAUCGGAAGAAUGCCGGAAUCCGUCCCUUUCUCCUUCCUCCCAAGCCCCUUCCCCGCUUCCUUCUGGGUCUCCCAUCCUCUGUCUUCUUUCAGGUACCGCCACCUGCAAGCGAAAGACUUGUGAAGAUGCUGGCGGCUUUCCCAGCCAUAGCUCUAUGGAAUUUGUGCCCACGAGUUCUACAUCGCUAAGGUGGGAACAAGCCACCUUUUAGACCCAGCCCCAAAGCCUCAGAUCCUAAAAUUCAGGCCUUUGUAGUCAAUAUUAGUGUCAGAUGCCUCCAGGAACCCAAGCACCCACAGCUGCAAAGUUCCUCCUCCUCUUCACUCCACCAAUCAGAGAGCAGUGGAUGAUGCCAGGAAAUUAUCUACAGAAGGAAAGAAUCCCUCCCCACCAUUCCCGGAAAGCGGGGGACUGUUGGCCUGUAGAUGCUGCUCUAGGCCCUCCAAUGACUGAUCGCAAAUCCGGGAAGGAGAGUUCUGGAAAACUCACUCCCUCUGGGGUGAGACCACAUCAGUCAGCCCGCUGGCAUGCAGUCCCUCCAUUGUCUUAAUCUUGUGCAGGCCUGGCCUCCGCUCCUGCUGGGCCCAACUAAAUUUGGUGUGCCAUGCCUUCCGACUGUGCCUGGCCUCUCUCUGCAACUUGGGCAGGCGAGAGAAUGGAGAUUCUUAGGAAUUCCAAUUAGGGGUCCCCUCCCCUCCGAUAUUUAGUAAUGUCUGGAAACAGUUCUGUUUUGAUUGGGGAUGUGUUCCUGGCAUCUACUGGGUGGAGACUUAGGAGGCUACUAAACAUCCUAGGACACACAGGAAAAUCCUGCCCUAAUGUCAACAAUUUAUGGUGGAGAAAACCGCGUGCCGGGCCUCUGUGUACUAGGGACUUGGGUUAGGCUGACAAGGGAUGGCCUAUCGCCAGCCAUUCCUGAUAUAAGCACUGAUGCCCAGACGAGGUGCUAGCAUUCAGCUAGUUUUCAAGCUGAGGGCAAGUGUUCUCAGAUAGCACAUCUGGGGUUAUCUGGACAGUUUCCAAACAGCUCGUGCUUCUGUACCUCCCCGAGCGUGAGUGAAGUGGACCACACGAAGCCUUGGUUAACAUGAUCUACAGCCAGGGGAAGACCGCUGUCCUAGCGUUGCCUAGGGACUAAAAGAGAUGCGCUCUGGGGAUUUCUCUGUGUAACAGCUCUGACUCUCCUGGAACUUGAUUUGUAGAUCAGGGUGACCUUGAACUCACAGAGAUCCACCUGCCUCUGCCACCCAAAUGCUGAGACUAAAGGUGCGCACCAUCAUGCCCUGCCCUAAUUUUUUUUAAAGGCAUAUGUGUUUUUUUUUUACUUUUUUUGUUAAUAUUUAUUUAUUUAUUAUGUAUACAAUAUUCUGUCUGUAUGCCUGAAGGCCAGAGGAGGGUGCCAGACCUCAUUACAGAUGGUUGUGAGCCACCAUGUGGUUGCUGGGAAUUGAACUCAGGACCUUUGGAAGAGCAGGCAAUGCUCUUAACCACUGAGCCAUCUCUCUAGCCCCCCCCCCCCCGCCCUAAAUUUUGUUUUUAGAUUUUGUUUGUUUGGUUAUCAUGUGUGUAGGCUUGUGUGGACCACAGCACACGUGUGGAGAUCAGAAAACAAUUGGCUGGAGUCGGUUUUCCUUCUACCACGAGGGUCCCAGGGACUGAACUCAGAUCAUUAUAAUGGCAAGCUCCUUAACCUGCUGAGCCAUCUCUGCUGCCUUUUGUUUUUGCUUUUGAGACAGGGUCUGUCAGCUUAGCUUGGCCUCCAACUUACUAUGAUGCUGAGGAUGACCUUGAGCCUCUGACCUUCCUGCCUCUACCUCCUAAGUGCAGAGAUCGUAGAAAUGUACCACCGCCAUCCGGCCCUGCUUGUUUUACACAUCCUAGACAAUCCUUCACCUUAUACAUGAAAAUAUGAGAGCCAUAGGUCAUAUAAAAUCACAGAUCAUAGGGAAACUCAUCCAUUAUUUGGACAACAGUGAAUACCUACCAGGUACCAGGUAGCAUCACUACCCAAGAAAGUAUGAGAGCCCCAUGAUGUCCUUACCUCAGGGGAGGUACAGUUCUCUGGAUGGCAGCUGCCAUGUCCCCUGCUCUGCUCAGCCUCCAUUUCGGGGAUCAACAUUUUAGAGUUGUUCCCAUUCUCCUGAUCCACAGUACCACCCAUCGUUCCAGGAUCUAUCCUGUCUGCCCCCUUCCCCUGUGGUGGUCUCCAGCCCAGUGGACCUUAGUCUCCUGCAUGCUCCAUCUGUUGUGAAGGCUCCUUCUGGGCCCAGUUCACUCUCAGUGGCCACGCGGGUCCUCCCAAAGCUCCAUGUUUCUCAAGCAUGUGAUGAAGUUGGGUUUUGGAGUUGGGCUGCUUGACUUCAAAUCCUUGGUCUGCUCUGACUGGGCCUUGGCGACUUGUUUCCACUCCCUGUGCCUUUUCCUUUUAUGUUGCUUUUGACACAGCCUUGUUGUGUAGCUGGGAUUAGAGGCAGAUGUCACCAGCUUCAGCAGCAUUUUGUAUGGAUUUGUUUUGACUGCAACAUCCCUUUAGUCUCAGCACUAUUGUAUUCCGUUAAUUGUAUGAUAUCAGGGAUGAGAGACGGCUCAGCUGGGAAGAGCUCUUGCAGAGGGCCCAGGUUCUGUUCCUAGCACCCACAUGGCAGCAACAGCUGUCUAAAACUCCAGUAAUAAGGGGUCCAGUACCUUCUUGUGGCCUCUGUGGACCCAGGGACGCGUAUGGUACACAUACCUACAUGCUGGAAAAACAUUCAUACACAUAAAAUGAAAACAAAAUCUUAACAGAUUUGUGAAGCCAUCAAUUAUAUGCUAUUACUGUGUGUUAAGAGAAAAACCAUCUCUCGAUUAAGCUAUGGCCUGCCUGUAGCUAAAAUUCUCUCUGACUGCAAAGAUGUCAAAAUGUAAAAAAUGAAUAGAAUUUUUUAAAUUAUCUGCUUUUAAAUAGGAAGAGAACUGUGGGUGUAGCAAUAUUUUGUUUGUGUUUUAACAAAUAAAGCUUACCUGAAGAUCAGAGUGCAGAGCUAAGCCACUAGAAGCCAGGGAAUGGUGGUACACACUUUUAAUCCCAGGAGACAGAGGCAGAGGGAUCUCCGUUAGUUCAAGGUCACCCCAGACUACACAAGAUUGAAUCUGUCCAAAAAAUAUACAGAGCUCACACAAGGGUGAUCCCAGUGCUUGGGAUCACACACCUCCAGUCCCAGCACUAGGGGGAUGGAGAAAGGAGCUCAGUGCAGUCUGAGGUUUGUUGGAGACAGAUGCAGUCUGAAGAUGCAGUCUGAGGACAGGAUCACACCUUCGGUCUGAGC